UCGGAGAUGACGGGCUGUCUGGGGAGACGCACACUACACAAGAGCUCUCUGAGCGAGCCGAGGAUGCAGCUGGUUGUCAUAGCAGCAGUGCUGGCGAUGACGUGGGCCGACCAGCCAUGCAGCUUCACCUGCCGCCCGACCCCGACCACCAUCGCCGUGAAGAGCUGCGUCAGAACCGAGUCCAUCAACACCACCAUGUGUGAGGGCCAGUGCUACCAGGAGGACCCGAUGGACCCCGGGGAGCGUCCCCAGCAGUACACCUGCAGCGGGGACUGGGCCUACGAGGUGAAGCACUUCGAGGGCUGUCUGGAGGGCGUCCUCUACCCCGUGGCACGCAGCUGCAAGUGUUCCCUGUGUCAGAGCAGCAACACCGACUGUCAACGAGUUCUCUGGGACGUCUGUUAGCUGUUAACCCCCCCCCCCUCUGUGUAUCGUACCCAGUCAGCGCUACAAUGUUCAGUGAACAAUAAAAACGC